CCAUCAAGAGUAUGUAAGCCCACAGAAAUGAUGAAGAUCUGAUCUUCAUCCCUGCUUUCCUGAAGAGGUCUUCCCUUCAGUCAAGAAUUUAAUGUUUCUUUCUGUCUGGUGGGUAGCUCACUACAGACCUUUGGUUCUGAGAGAGAAACCUUAGGGGAAGAAGGAACAACUGCUUUCCUACUGUUAAAGAUGAAAUUACUUCUCAUCUUACCACUUCUCCUGUUGGGCACAGCGUCUUCUCUUCAUUUGAAAAAUGAGGCUUUUGAGCUAGAGGCAUCAGAGGGAGAAAAGGGCUUGGCUCUGAAGCUAGAGACUCCAGAGGAAGAGGAUAAUUUGACCAUAGGGAAUGAGGAAGAGGAUGAUGAAGGGGAGGAGAGUGAAGUUGCUGAGGAUGAUGACAACCUUUGCCCAAAGGAAGAGGAUGUAGUCCGUAUGCUGGGUAGCCCAGGAUGUGAGACUUGCCGGUUCCUGAUUGUUAAUAAGCCAAGGAAAUUCAAAAGAGCUGAGAGAAUCUGCAGACGUUGCUAUCACGGCCAUCUGGUCUCUAUCCACAGCUCCCACACCAACCACGGCAUCCGGUGUCUGGCUAGUAGAAUCAAUCGCAGCCAGAUCUGGAUUGGAGCCAGAGUCAGGGGCCGGUUUUUCAGAAAGAGAUUUCGUUGGGUUGAUGGGAGUCAUUGGACAUUUUCUUACUGGGCAGCAGGCCAACCUGGAAAUGGUGGGGGCCGAUGUGUAGCCUUCUGUACCCGAGGGGGUCAUUGGCGUCGAGCCCCAUGCAAACGCCGCCUGCCUUUUGCCUGCUCUUAUUGAACUGCUUCUGCUGAAGAGGCCAGUCAAGACUGACACCACAAGGCCCCUGGAGAGCUCGGUUUGAGGCCCAUCUCUUCCUCUUCCUUUUGUUUCCCUGAAAUAAACCAGGUUUCUGAAAGCUCAAA